CGCGUUGGUUACUGUUGUCUUUGCACACACUUCCUACAUUUUUUCUCUCCCAAGAGUUUGUACUACUUGUUUUAAGGCAUUUACCAAAAAAAAAAUCCUCGGCAGGAAUUGACGCGAACGGCUCACAUUCCCUUCGCCUUUUGCGCCUCAGUCAGUUCAGCGCAGAAAGGUUCACAACACCUUCCCUUUGCCGAGUUUAUGUUCACAUUUUGGACGUGUGAAUGUCUGAACAGUUUAUUGAGGUUGACAGGCUUCGGGCCUUAUUAGUACAAAAUCACGGACCCAGUGAUUCCUUGCUACGUGAUGGAGAUGAGGAGUUUACAAGUGAAAUUGUUCUGGCCCGCAUUGAAAAUGUGAUAGAGGCAAUACUAACCAGUCUGUCUAAAAGUGAGGCACCAACUUUGACUGUUCUGAACAGAUCCUGCUGGUCCAACAUCAGGUUUGAAGAUGAUAUUGGUCUGCAUGCAGCUUCAGACUACACUGUCAGUACAAUCAGAAGUGAUUGCUCAAGAUCGGUGACCAGAUUUGCUACAACCCUGAAGGUACUGUCUGUAAUCUACAAGAUGGUGCAAAGCAAUUCAUAUGCUACGAAAAGGGACAUCUAUUACAAUGACACCCAGCUGUUUGGAAGUCAGAGGACAGUGGACCUCAUAGUGGAUGACAUUUCCUGUAUGCUCAGGGUUCCACGCAGGAAUCUACACGUGCUUGCAUCUUCCAAAGGCUUCAUUGCAGGUGAUCUGUGCUACACAGAGGAAGAUGGCACUAAGGUGAAUUGUGACUCUGGCUCCAUGGCAGUCCUGGUUUCUUCCAAUGUUUGUGGUAUAAAAAAUUUUGUUUCCACUGCGAAAUUUGUCUUGAUUGUGGAAAAAGACGCAACUUUCCAAAGGCUGUUGGAUGAUGAGUUCUGUACCAAACUGGCUCCAUGUAUCAUGAUCACAGGUAAAGGAGUCCCGGAUGUAAAUAGCAGGCUGAUGGUGAGGAGGCUGUGGGAUUCUCUGUGCAUUCCUAUAUUUGCACUGGUGGAUGCAGAUCCACAUGGUAUUGAAAUCAUGUGCAUUUAUAAAUAUGGAUCAGUGUCCAUGUCAUUCGACGCGCACAAUCUGACUGUUCCUGCAGUGAUGUGGCUGGGCCUCCUUCCAUCUGAUAUUGAAAGACUGAAUGUUCCCAAAGAUGCUUUAAUUCCUUUUACAAAACGGGAUCAUAGCAAACUUCAAAGUCUUCAGAAACGACCCUACUUUAACUCUCAACCCCUUUGGAAAAAAGAGAUAGAACUGAUGCUGAAAUGGCAGCAGAAAGCAGAAAUCCAGUGUUUGACAUCAAUUGCUCCAGAUUACCUUACUCGUGUGUACCUGCCAAAUAAACUGCGCUUUGGAGGAUGGAUAUGAUCUCUAACUGCCGCCCUCUGGACUUGCUCAGCAUUGCAGUCAACAUCCAGAUAUAUUGUAGUUUUAACCCUUUCAAGGGAGUGUUUUUCUGUUGGAUACAUUAGAAGAAGCAGAAAUUUGUGACCAGUUGUUUUAAAUACUGUUUUUUUUUAUUCAUGCCUUUAUAGACAGUUCAAUUGCUGCAAACUUUCAACAUUAAUAUGCUGUGAGAGUAUGUCCAAACUAGCCUCAAUGGUUCCUAAAAAGGCAUAAUCCAUGGGUGUGAACUCGUUAAAUUCCAGUUCUAUUGAACUUUGGAGCUGGGGAUGAGAUGAUGCUCAGGUUUAGUACCUAUUUAAGAUGUUCUUCAGUCAUCACAAUAUACAAACAAACCAUUUCCAUGAUAUCUUAUUACAAAACUGAAUGUGAUGAAGUAUAGCGUCAACAAUAAAUGAAAUGUAUCUAUGCAAAUAUUCAAAUGACAUUUAAUAUAUCAUAAUAUAUCAAGUCAUGAAAUAUACUAUUCAUGGGUAUAAUGCACAGUCUGUCAAAGCUGACAGAAAGUGUGGUAGUUGAUAUUCUAGAUCUGAUAAAGCAGUUUGUUACACCAUAAAAAGUCAAUAGAAGAGAACAGGACAGUGGAUUUGAAGAGCUCAAAAAUCUGGAACAAGUAUGAAUUCCUUCCUAUUGUCGAAAGGUAACGAGCACAGUGUAGAACAGUAUUUGUAACUAAUUUUAAAUAUUUGUUGCAACUGCCCCUAUAGUUUUACUUGUUUUAUUGUAGAAUGGAUAUUUUGUAACUAGCCAGUUCCCAUUCCGGGAAUUUAUGUUGUUGAUGUUAUUGACAUGGAAAUAAAUGCAAACGCAAACUGUG